AAACAAGACAUAAUCAUGGCUGAAAACAGUACAUUGGUGUCUGAAACCGGGAGAAGCCUCUUGGCUGAUUCUUCUGUUCUUGAUUCAAAAAUUAUAGAAACCUCCAAAGAGAAUAUAUUUCCUGGAUCUGUUUUGGAUGUUGAAGAAGAAAUGCCUCAAAUAGAAACAAGAGUGGUUUUGGUUCAGGAAGCAGGGAAACAUGAGGAGCUUCUGAAAGCCUUGGAGACCAUUAAGAUAAUGGAAGUACCAGUUAUAAAGAUAAAGGAAAUUAGUCCUGGUAAAUCAGAAGAAAAACUAAUAAAAAGUAUUAUUCAUAUGGAAAUUAAAGUGCCCUUCAUAAAGACAGACACAAUAGAAGAGCUUGGAGAUUCUGAUUCCCCAGAAUUUGAGACUGUCUUCAUUGUAUCAGACUUCGAAGAUUCUAUCUUUAACAACCUCUGCAAAGCAGAUUGCCGCGUCAUUGGACCUCCAGUAGUACUGCACUGUGCACAAAAAGGAGAGCCGUUACCUUUCUCCUGUCGUCCACUGUACUGUGCAAGUAUGUUGAACUUGGUACUGUGCUUUACGGGAUUCAGAAAGAAAGACGAAUUAGUUAAGCUUGUGACCUUGGUUCAUCAUAUGGGUGGAAUUAUUCGAAGGGACUUUAGCUCAAAAGUUACACAUCUGGUGGCUAACUCAACACAUGGAGACAAAUUCAGAAUUGCUGUAAGUCUUGGUACUCCUAUCGUGAAAGCUGAGUGGAUUUAUAAGGCUUGGGAGAAAAGGAAUGAAAUUGAUUUCUGUGCAGCUGAUGAUGACUUUAGAAAUCAGUUCAAGGUUCCUCCCUUCCAGGAUUGCAUGUUAAGUUUCCUUGGGUUCUCUGAUGAUGAGAAAGCUAACAUGGAAGAAAUGACAGAAAUGCAAGGAGGACGUUAUUUACCAGUUGGUGACGAAAGGUGUACGCACUUAGUGGUUGAAGAAAGUACAGUAAAAGAUCUUCCAUUUGAACCUUUAAAAAAACUUUAUGUUGUAAAGCAAGAG